AUGCUCCUCGCCAUCGUCGUCACCACGACGUGGCUGCGGACGGGCGUCGCCCACGACAUCGUGCGCCCGCUCUCCAACGUCGCCGAGAUCCCUGCCUCGCCUGCCUCGCCUGCCUGCGGCGUCGAGCUCAUCGCUGGGCAGGUCGCCGAGGAGGACGUCGAGUGCCAAUGCGCAAGCACGACAAAUGGUGCCGCCGUCGGCGCCACAGCCUUGGCUCGCCCAAACGGUGCCAUCGCCACGUUUCCGUCGGAUGAAUUAUGUGGAAUCGUACCCCUCGGUGGUUUCCAAACCUAUUCAAAAAUGGACGCUUACAGAAAUCGGCAAAAAUUCAACCGUCACAACAACAUUGCGAGAGACGAGGAGUGA